AUGGCUUUCAGAAAUAAAGGAAAGCUGAUAGUUGGGAUUGAUUAUGGCACUACGUAUUCAGGACUCAGUUUUGCCAUGUCCAAUGCAUCUGAUGUUGAAGAUAUCAAGCCUUGGACAAAGUAUCCUGGUGCCUCAUCUCAUCAUGCUGAGAUGGCUGUGAAAGCUCCAACACGAGUCGCGUUUGCAUGCGAAAAUGAUGAGCUUGACGAGGACGCGUGGGGCUAUCAAGUCGAACCAGAUAUGAAGGCGUACGCCUUGACGAAGCUCCUCCUGGAUAAAGAGACGCUCCAGUCAGAAUACGAUGAUCCAGAACUAGCUACUUCUAUUUCCAGAGGAGACGAAUUCAUGCUCCCCACCGGCAAGUCAGCGCUAACCGUCGCCACGCGAUUUUUGAAAGGAAUGUAUGACAUGUUCGAGCAGGCUGCUCUUGAGAUGUUGGGUGAAGACGGUUUCAAUGAUAUGCCUAUUGACUACUGGCUUACCGUGCCUGCGACAUGGAGCGAGAAAGCCAAGCUUCUCACAAAACGUGCCGCUCUCGAUGCUGGGUUUGCUUCCAAGGAGAGCGACAGGAUCAUGCUCAUCCCAGAACCAGAGGCAGCAGCACACGCGGUGCUCAAAUCCGGUCUGCACACUUUGGACAGUUUCGUCGAGACGGGGACUAAUGUGAUGGUUUGUGACUGCGGCGGUGGCACUGUGGACAUCACAUCUUAUGAGAUCCAAAGAACACAUCCUACCCUGAAACUACGAGAGGUAGCUGUUGGGGCAGCCGGAAAGUGCGGUGGCACAUUCGUGGAUAGGAAUUUCUUCAAACUCAUGGUAGAACGAUUCGGCGAGGCUUUCACAUCACUUGGGGUCGACCAAAUUGGACCAGCAAGCUCGUUUAUGGAUCAAUUUGAGCUCAAGAAAAAGGACUUCAGUAUGAAGAAUCCCAGCAAACGACCUCAUCGCCUGGUUCUUCCAAUGCCCUCGCUGCAGCUCACUCCAGAAAUCCAGAAGUACUACGAGAAGCGUUCGUCUUCUAUUUUGCUCAGGCCGGAAGACUUCAAGAUCUUGUUUGAUCCCGUCAUCGACAAGAUCGAACAAUUAGUUCAAGAUCAAGUCUCUGAAGUGGAGCAGCGGGAAGGAUCUUCCAUCAGCACCAUCAUGCUGGUCGGUGGCUUUGGAUCCUCACCGUAUCUCAACGAAAGAUUAGAGAUUUGGUGCAAACAACGAAAUAUUCGGCUGAAAACGCCUUGGAGUGGCGGGUGGUCUGCCAUCGUUCGUGGCGCGGUUCUCCGAGGGCUUGAGGGUUCAAUUGUCAAGGAGAAAAAAUGCCGCCGGCACUAUGGCUACGCACUUUCCCACCCAUAUUAUCCCUCACUUCAUGCAGGAUACGACAAAGUGAAACGUUUCACUCAUUACGACAGGUUCGAGAAGACGGAUUACCUAACAGGAUUCAUGACCUGGAGUAUGGGCAAGGGCACUGUCAUCAAUUCGUCGACUGAAAUUGAAGGCACAUUUUUUCGCCAGGUCUCCGAUCGUUCAGUCUUCAAUGGAUGGAUGACUUUGUAUUCAUGUAGCUUGGAUGACGGCCCACCGAACAUUGAGAACGACAGAAUCGAAGAAGUUGGAAAAGUCGCGUAUUCGAUCCCGCUAGAUGUUUUGGAUCUUGAUAAAACACAAAAUUUGGUUGAUAAAGAUGGGGCAACCUUGUUCAAACUCAAGUUCACUUUACGCACCCGACUUGAUGAUGAUUCAGGCCACCUUAUGUUCUCGGUUCACUAUGAUGGGGAAGAGGUCGGUAAGGCGGGAAUUGAAAUGGCUUCUAGUUGA